AUGCAACAGCAGCAAGGGUAUCCUCCUCAAGGGUAUCCCCCUCCCCAGGGAUAUCCGCCUCAGGAGUAUGGUCAACAGCAGCAAUACCCUCCCCAGGGAUACGGCCCGCCUCCCCCUCAAGAGCAGCAGUAUGGCUACUCGCAGGCGCCACCUCCUCCGCCCAACAACGGCGGCUAUGGCAACGAGAAGAUCCCCUUCGAACAGGCCUUCAAGAUCGAGCAGCCCAAGUACAAUGACAUCUGGGCCGGCAUCCUCUUCGUGCUCACCAUGGCUGGCUACGUUGCCGUGUCUGGCAUCGCGAUUCAGGGCUACGCUGCCACUCGAAGCUCCAACGGCACCGGAAUCUACAAUGGCAACAGCCGCGACAUCAGCAUCAACACCAACACUUUGUUGCUGUUCGUCUUCUGCCUCUGCAUCGCCAUCGUCUUCAGCUACGGCUACGUUCUCCUCGCCCGAACCUUCCCCAAGCAGCUGAUCUGGGCGACCGGCAUCUUGAACAUUAUCUGGGGCCUGGGAACGGCCAUUUAUAUGCUUUAUCGAAAGUACUACGCGGGAGGCAUCGUGUUCCUCAUCUUUGUGGCCUUCCUCAUCUUCGCCUUCAUCUCGUGGAUCCCGCGCAUACCCUUCAGUGCGCUCAUGCUGCGUACCGCCAUCAACGUCGCCAACCACCACGGCCACGUCUACAUGGUCAGUUUUGUGGGGGGUCUCAUCGGUGCCGCCUUCGCGGCCUGGUUCGCUGUUACUUUCACGGCCGUUUAUGUCAAAUUUUCGCCCAGCAACGAUAACCCGGCCUGUAACACUGGUGCAGGUGGCUGCAGUUAUGCCAAAGUCACUGGCCUCAUAGUGUUCAUCACAUUCUGCUCAUACUGGUUCUCUGAGUGGCUGAAGAAUACGAUCCACACCACUGUCUCCGGUGUCUACGGAUCGUGGUACUUUAACUCGCGCGCGUACCCCACUGGAGUCACACGCGGCGCACUGAGGCGGUCUUUGACCUACAGCUUUGGAUCCAUCAGCCUAGGCAGCCUCAUUGUUGCCAUUGUUAAUUUCCUCAGGAUGUUGGCCCAGACAGCGCGUGACCAGAGCGGGCAGUCAGGAGACAUGAUCGCCUACAUCUUCUUCUGUGUCCUCAGCUGUCUCAUCUCCAUCCUCCAAUGGGUCAUCGAAUUCGUCAACCGAUACGCUUUCUCGCACAUUGCCCUUUACGGCCGUUCUUACUUCCAGUCAGCCAAGGAUACCUGGAAGAUGAUCAAGGAUCGCGGUAUUGAUGCACUCGUCAACGAAUGCCUUAUUGGGCCUGUCUUCUCCUUUGGUGCCACAUUCAUCGGUUUCGCCACCGCCCUGCUCGCUUUCUUGUAUCUGGAGUUCACAGACCCGGCCUACAACUCAAAUGGCCAAUAUACGGUGGUCAUCGUUGCCUUUGCAUUCCUCAUCGGUCUGCAGAUCUGCAACAUCUUUACCACCCCGCUGUCCAGCGGCAUCGACACGAUAUUUGUGGCGUCGGCCUGGGACCCCGAGGUCAUGAUACGUGACCAUGGAGACCUCUAUCACCAGAUGGUCCAGGUCUACCCGCAUGUUCAGCAGGCUAUCCAUGCUUGA